AUGGCGGAGACGCUGCUCGACCUCGGGGCCGUGCACCAAACCUGGAAGAAGGAGGUGCGCUCGAGCCGCCUCGUGAAGAGCGCCCUCGGCUCCGCCCGGUCCGGCUCCCGCGCGUCGUCGCCGGCCACGCCGAGGACCCCGAAGCGGAGGAAGGCCCCGAAGCGGCCGGCGGACGCCGCCCCGGCGGCCGCCGCGCCGGCGGCCGCCGCGGCGGCGGACGCCGCGGCGCCGCCGCCGCGGCUCUACGCGGCGCGCGGCGGCGCCGCGGCCUGGGCGAAGACGCGGGCCUGGCGCGCGGCGCACGACGUCGACGGCGCGCUCCGCGACGCCGCCGCCGCGCGGCGCGUCGCGCCCGUGAAGCGGCUCUACCCGCACUACCUCCACGGCCGGUCCCCGUCGGGCGCCGUGAUCUUCUUCGAGCUGCUCGGGCGCCUCGACACGUCCGUGCUCGCGUCCGGCGAGGUCGACAAGGCGGGCAUCGUGCGCCACUUCUGCCUCGCGCACGAGUGGAUCUCGCGGACCUUCGAAGGGGAGGACACGCGGCUCGUCACGGUCCUCGACGCGGGCGGCCUCCGCUGGAGCGAGGUCAACGCCGCGUUCCUCCAGCUCCUCGGGGCCGCGUCGGAGGUCACGGAGAGCCUCGUGCCCUACCGGACGGAGCGCGUGCUCGUGGUCAACGCGCCGCGCUGGUUCUCCGCGGUCUUUGGAACCGUCAAGUCCGUCCUCCCCCGCGACGUCCGCGACAAGGUCGACGUCGUCGCGGCCGCGGACCGGGCCGCGGCGCUCGCGGCGCUCUGCGGCGACGCGCUGCCGCCGGCCUACGGCGGCCGCGGCCCGGCGCUCGGCGACCACGCGUUCGAGCGGGCCUUCCUGCGCGACGCCGCGGACGUCGCCGCGGGCGCGGCGGCGGCGGACGGCGCCGCCGGCGCCGACGACGCCGCGGCGGCGCCCGCGGUCGCCGACGCCGCCAACGCCGCCGGCGCCGACGACGCCGACGACACCGACGAGUUCCACGAAUGCGAGGGCCCGCCCGCCGACGAGGCCGAGGACGGCGACGUGUGGCACGAGUGCGAGAGCGGCAUCUUCGAGUUCUUCUCCGACGAGGACCUGAGCGAGUCCGACGACGACGACCGCGCGCCGGCGGCCGCGCGCGUCGUCGAGGACCGCGCCGACGACGCGGCGGCGACGAUGGCGGCGCCCGCGCGCGUCGUCGAGGACCACUUCGGCGACGAGGCGGCCCAGAUCCGGGCCGCGGAGCUCCGCGGCCUCGAGACCGUCGCCGCGGCGCGCGCCGCGGCGCGGGCGGAGGGCGACGGCGCGCCGCCGGCGAUGCGGAAGCCGGCGACGCCGCCGAAGAAGGACUGGCUCACGUCCCUCCUCUUCGACGCGUAG